AGAUGCCUUCUCGACUCUUACCAUGCAAAACAUGAUGGAGACGACGGAGCACAGCGCCAAUUAACUCGACUUCCAUAUGUGCUCCGUCCUCUCAACGCGAAACCAGUUCACACAGCGACGAUCAUCUCAUCAUUCAAAAAGAAUAUGGAGAGGCAGGGCACCCAUAAGUCCCUGACCUCUCAAAGUGAAACAAAUACAAAAAGGUAUCCUCUUCACGAUAUUUUUCACAAAAUCGGAGAGGACGGAGCACAGGAAACCUAUCUUUCAGUCACAAGAGAAAGAUCCACACCCAUUUCCAUGGUGUGCUGUGCUCCGUCCUCUCAAAGUGAAACAAAUACAAUAAGUUGUUUUUUUGCCAUCAUCAUCUUUGACCACUGGGUCAACCUGAAAGUGAGAUUUGAGCAGAUGAGAGGAGGCGACUGGAGCGGCCCGCCUCGGUCUUACCAACCGCAGGUGGUGCCGAGAUUAUCGGCAAGUAAUCAGAUGACUGAAAUGACGCCAUUAUAUGACAAGCCAUGGAGGAGCGGGAGCUGCCAUGGCGGAGUGGGAGCUGGUUCUCUGCAGUUGCCAGAACCCAGCAACAAUCACAGAUCUCGAGGGAGCCAGCUCCUACUCCUGCCUAGCUUAAUCCACAGGAUUUGA